AUGAUUUCCACCGCAAAAUUCGCUUCGACGAGCGCAACGCGGACAGCCGCAAUUCUACGUGCUUCGCGAAGACCGAAUGGCCAUAACAUUGCGCUCUACAGGCUGUUAAACCAGGCUCAGUCUGGUCUACAAACCAGUUAUCCUUCAGGGGCUUCUCUUUCACCUACAGCCUUGCCUCUCUCGUCCUCGUUGCUCCUCAGACGAGGCCUACAUUCUACGCCAAUCUACAAUAAGAACAAAAAGAACUCACAGUCACAACCGGGUCAGGAGAAAGCGAAAACCCAAGAGACUGGCUCUGAAUCUGAACCCAAUACAGAGAAGGAUAAUAAAAAGGAAGGGGAUCAGAAGGAAGAAGGCUCCGAGUCUCAAGAGGGCGAGAAAAAAGAUGCUCCUCCACCUCCACCUCACGGAGAUAAGACUCCUUGGCAGGUUUUUACAGAAACAUUGCAAUCCGAAUUCAAAAAGUCGAAGGAAUGGGAAGAGUCCACCAAAGCACUUGCAUCCUCUGCACACCAAUUCACCGAAAGUGAGUCAGUCAAGCGUGCCCGUGCUGCCUAUGAAGCAGCUUCGAGUACUGCAACAUCGACUACCUCAACCGCUUUGAAGUCAACCGGAAAGGCUAUCGGGCAAAGUGCGGCUUGGACAUGGAAUACACCUGUUGUCAAAGGAGUUCGCAAGGGAGUCUCUGCAACGGGUAAAGGCAUUGAAAAGGUCACCAGGCCUGUGCGAGAAACCGAAGCCUACAAGACGGCAGUUGGGGGCGUGAAGGAUGCCAUAGAUGAUGGCAGCAGCUCACGGUAUGGUGGAUGGGUAGAAAAGGAGGAACGCCGACGUCAACGACAGUUGCGUGAGGAAAACGAAGCAAAAUCCGGCCGAUGGUCAAAGGUCGAAAAGAUGGAAGCAGAUCCAGAAGCCGGCACGAAUUUGACAGUGCACAAAGAUGCCGCCUGGAAAGAAUCUUGGCGCGGUUUCCGCGACUCGAGUCCCAUGAUGCAGAAGCUCUUCUCCCUUAAAGAUACCUAUAACGAAUCCGAAAAUCCUCUUAUCUCAACAGCCCGAAGCAUUUCAGAUCGAGUUGCCGGGUUUUUUGCCGAGAACGAGACCGCUAAAGUUAUCAAGAAAUUCCGCGAGAUGGACCCCAGCUUCCAACUGGAACCAUUUCUUCGGGAGAUGCGCGAAUACAUCUUACCCGAAGUUCUGGAUGCAUAUGUCAAAGGAGAUGCUGAGACUCUGAAGCUUUGGCUUUCAGAUGCGCAAUUCUCAGUGUACUCUGCAUUGGCGCAGCAGUAUACCACACUCGGAUUGAAGUCAGAUGGCCGCAUUCUGGAUAUCCGAGGCGUAGAUAUUGCCAACGCCCGCAUGCUGGAUCCUGGCGAUAUUCCUGUUUUUGUGAUCACCUGCCGCACUCAGGAAGUUCAUGUUUACCGCAACGCUAAAACCAACGAGCUAGCUGCUGGCAUGGAAGAUCGUGUCCAGCUUGUCACAUACGCCAUCGGCGUUACUAGGAUUCCUGAAGACGUCAACAACCCGGAGACCCGAGGUUGGAGAAUGAUCGAAUUACAAAAAGCAGCAAGAGACUACAUCUAA